AUGAGUGUCCCACGAAAAUAUCAUACAGCAACAAUAUUAGCAAAUGGAUCAGUAUUAGUUGCUGGGGGAUCCAGCGACAUUGUUUGUCUCAAUAGUGCCGAAUUGUACAAUCCAUCAACAGGUAUUUGGACAACUACAGGAAGCAUGAGUGUCGCACGAAAUUUUCACACAACAUCCACAUUAGCAAAUGGAUCAGUAUUAGUUGCUGGUGGUUCCAACGGUACUUAUCUCAGUAGUGCUGAAUUGUACAAUCCAUCAACAGGCAUUUGGACAACAACAGGAAGCAUGAAUGCCGCACGACAGUAUCACACAGCAACUAUAUUAGCAAAUGGAUCAGUGUUAGUUGCUGGUGGAUACAACGGUGCUGGUUAUCUUAAUAGUGCUGAAUUGUACAAUCCAUCAACAGGCAUUUGGACAACAACAGGAAGCAUGAGUAUCGCACGAGAAUUUCACACAGCAUCCACAUUAGCAAAUGGAUCAGUAUUAGUUGUUGGUGGAUACAACGGUGCUAGUUAUCUUAAUAGUGCUGAAUUGUACAAUCCAUCAGCAGGCACUUGGACAACUAAAGGAAACAUGAAUGCUGCAAGACAAUAUCACACAGCAACUAUAUUAGCAAAUGGAUCAGUGUUAGUUGCUGGUGGAUACAACGGUACUUAUCUCAGUAGUGCUGAAGUGUACAAUCCAUCAACAGGCACUUGGACAACUACAGGAAGCAUGAGUAUCGCACGAGGAUUUCACACAGCAUCCACAUUAGCCAAUGGAUUAGUAUUAGUUGCUAGUGGAUACAACGGUGCUAGUUAUCUUAAUAGUGCUGAAUUGUACAAUCCAUCAGCAGGCACUUGGGCAAACACAGCAAACAUGAGUAUCGGACGAUCUUCUCACAAAGCAUCCACAUUAGCAAAUGGAAAAAUAUUAGUUACUGGUGGAACCCACGAUGGUAGUACUUAUCUCAAUAGUGCUGAGCUUUAUUAA